GUGGGUGUGCACAGUGCUGGACAUCUGACAAAGCUGCAUCUUUUAUUAAGCUGAAGAACCUCUAUUGUUGGCUUAGGUUUAUUGGGUUUCUCAGAGGACACACUUUUUCUAUCCUUUCGGUGCUAGUAUCACUCCCUCUGGCUCUUGUUCACUUUUCAUCCAGUCUCCCUCACGAAGAUAAGGGAGCGUUACCACACUCGCAGCUGCUUCUUUAGUGAUAAACUCAUGGCUUGAGAGGAGAGACAGAGAUGGUUUAGACACCUGUAUCAGUGUGUAACAUUAUAAUAUCGUUGAACACAAGAAAGAGAGAGCAUGGGGAGAAACUACUGUGGAACUGCUUUCCAAUGUUGGUAGUUGUUCUCAAGGAAUACUAAUGAUAACAGGAAUGUGUUUAACAAGGGACCUAUUGAUUAUUCUCACUUGUAUUUCAGGGACCGUUGCGGAGACAACAUGAGGUCCAAAGGUGAUGGUGCGGACAGCUCAGCUAAUGGGCUUCUGGUUGUCCCCCGUGCAAUCCAUGAGAUCAAUGAAGAACAGGAGGAAGAUAUGAAACUGCAGGUCACUGAGAAGAGCACCAAAGGCAAAGUUCAGCAGAAGGAAAAGGAGGAGAUGCUUAUGUCAGAAACUGAGGACAAAUCAAUAAUGAAAGAUAAGCAAAGAUUAGGCUUGAAGGAUCUGUCCAAAGAUGACCUUCUGAAGCUGCUGGGAAUCAUGGAGGGUGAGAUCCAGGCUCUAGAGGAUGUGAUCCGGGUGCUCAGGUCUGGCCUCAAUCAACCAGAGAAGCUUGAGUCUUAUUACAGUUCAGCUUUUCCUACCAAACCCCUGAAAGCCCUGCAGAGAGAUGGACUUCUCAUCAACAACCACAUACUCCAUGAAGACGUGUACGAAAAACCCAUGGCAGAGUUGGACAGGCUUCAGGAUAAGCACAGAGAGGCAUAUCGGCGAAUGCUGGAGCAGUUAUUACUGGCUGAGAAAUGCCAUCGCCGUGUUGUUCACGAGCUGGAUGUGGAGAAACGCAAGCACAUAGACUACAUGAACAAAAGUGAUGAAUUCACCAACUUGCUGGAACAAGAGAGAGAAAGAUUGAAGCUGCUGUUGAAACAAGAAAAAGCCUAUCAAGUACGCAAAGAAAAGGAACACUCAAAACGACUGGAAAAGGUUCGUGGAGAGCUGAACAAGUUAAAAUCUUUUGCACUCAUGCUUGUUGAUGAACAACAACUUCACCUGGAGCAAAUUGACCAGCAAAGCCAGAAAAUUCAAGACCUUCUCCAAAAACUCCAGGAGAAAGAGCAGAAGCUAAGUGAAGUUGAGGGCAGAGCAAAAGAAGACAAACAGAAGCUUUUAAACCUUGAGGCUGAAGUUGAGGUCAAGGAUUCGAACUUUGCACAACAGUAUGAUGAGAUGGCAGCUAAACUUGCUAACCUAGAGGGUCAGUAUCAGCAGAUGUGCCAGAAACAAGCAACUCUAUCACAAAAAAUUGAAGAGCUCGAAGAGACAAAUGCAGUUCUUCAGAAAUCAGCAGAGGAGCUGCAGGAGCUGAAAGACAAAAUUAGCAAGGGGGAGUGUGGCAACUCCAACUUGAUGGCUCAAUUAGAGAACUUACAUAAGAUAGUCUUGGAGAUGGAGGGCAAGGAUGAGGAGAUCACCAGAACUGAGAAUAAAUGCAAUGAGCUGAAAAGGAAGCUUCAGUCUGAAGAGGUAAACAACAGGGAAUUAAAGUUGGAGGUGGAAAAAUUGCAAAAGAGGAUGAAAGAGCUAGAGAAACUGGAGGCAGCCUUCACUAUGGGCAGGACUGAAUGUACUCAGCUACAGGGUGCACUGGAUAAAGAAAAAAGCCUAACAAAAGAACUGGAAGAUGAGCUAGUGACAGUUAAAAUUCGCAUGAAAGAGGUCGAAUCAUCUGAGCUGAAAUUGGAAAAAGCAGAGAUGCUCCUGAAAGAAGAGCUAAUAAAGCUCAAGUCUGUUACUGUAAUAAUGGUUAAUGAGCAAAAGGACAUGGCAGAGAGAAUAAGAUCUGAGGAAAAGAAAAGAGAAGAACUGGAGAAAUUGUUUAAAGCAGAACAGGAGAAGGUUAUGGUAGUUACUGAGAGAUUGAUAGAGGAAAGUAAAAGGCUCCUGAAAUUGAAAUCAGAGAUGGAGGAAAAAAUAACUACUUUGGUCAGAGAGAAAGAUGAGCUAAAGGAAAAGCUUACCAUUGAGGAAGAGAAAUGUAAAGGAUUGACUUCCAAGGUUUGUAUGAUGAAACACCUAAACAAUGAGGUGAAAGAAGGAACAGUAUCUACAAAUAAGAUGCUAAACAAAGAAGUGGAGAACCUUUCAAAUUCCAGUAUAACAGAUGAAAAUAAAGUUAUUGAACUGACUGGGGAAAUUGAAAGAUUAAGAAAACAUCUUGAACAGCUUCAGGUUGUCGAGGGAGAUCUGAUGAAGACAGAGGAUGAGUAUGAUAUUUUGGAGAAAAAGUUCAAGAGUGAGCAAGAAAGGGCAAACUCCCUUUCAAAGCAGGUAGAGGAAAUGAGGAAUCAGAUAGCUUUGAGUAAGGAAGUAGAGAGAGAAGAGGCAGUUGGUCAAGAAACCGAGUUAUGGCGAAGGUGCAAGUUAGAAGAGACCAAAAAUAAAGGCCUACAAGCAGAUGUUCAGGCUCUCAAGGAGAAGAUUCAUGAGCUUAUGAACAAGGAGGACCAGCUUUCACAACUGCAAGUAAACUACUCUGUUCUACAGCAAAAGUUUCUUGAGGAGGAGGACAAGAAGAAGAGUAUGACCAAUGAAGUUCUUCAUCUUACCAAAGAGCUUGAGAUUACUAGGCGCUACAGUCGUGCCCUAAGACCCGGUAGCAAUGGAAGAAGAGUAAUGGAUGUUCCAGUAACAUCUACAGGAGUGCAGACUGACAUUGCUGAGAUUGAGACGGAGGGUGAUGAUGAUGACACUCCUGCGGUGUUCAUCAAAAGGUCUGUCCAAGAAGAGAACCAUAUCAUGAACAGCCUUCGACAGACAAGCCUUAAGAAACAUGCUGAAAGGCCAUCAGUCAGGGAACUCUACCCUCCACCAAGUAGUGACCUUGCGUUAAAGAAAUCCUGGAUACCUUGGAUGAAAAAGAAAGAAAAUCCUGCUUCAGAAAAGCCUCUGCAUAUUAAUGAGGAAAUUACACAUUCUGAAAUUAAAAUGACCCAAAAGCAUGGCCAACCAUUACACAUUCGACUGACUCCCGACCACCAGAACAGCAGGACAACCCUACAGAUCAGCAGCCCUCCAGCAGAAAACAUCUUUAGCACUGCAAUACCCACUCCCUUACGUGGGGUUCAAAAGCCACAAAUAACAAUCAUUCCUUCCACUGCUGUUUCUCCAAAUGAUCGAGCCAGAGAGCCAAAAUGUCCAGAAAGAGUGAAAUCUCCACUGACCAUCACAACUAUCUCAAGAGCCAAGUCCCCAGAAAGCAUUAAGAUUGCAGCUAUUGACAGACCAACAUCACCCAUAUCCCUUAUACCAGUUAGCACUUCUACUUUGACACAUAAUACCAGCUCCCCAGAUUCUCAGGAAAUGAUCACAGGCCGGGCGGUAUUUAAAGUGACUCCUGAGAAACGAAUGGUCCCCACACCAAUUAAAAAGUGUAACUCGAAUGCUAAUAUUAUUACCACUGAGGACAAUAAGAUUCACAUUCACUUAGGCUCACAAGGCAAAAAGCCUCUUGAAAGCAACAACUCGAUGGUCAUGGUCAAAGCUGAAGCUGUAGCAAAUGAAAGCAAAGAACUUUCUACAGGCACUGCGCUCUGCUCACCACGUCAAGCUACAAUCGGUAAACCAGCAUCAAGCAAAGUAACAAGCAGCCUCACCAUCACGCAGGUCACUCCUGCGCCACCCAGACCAACACUUUCUGUGCAGCCUGUUACAGACCCUCCAGUACCUCGAUCUGGGCUCACUCGCAUUCCCAUGUCUCGGAGCAUGAAAACCGGGAAGGGUGUCAUCGGGGCUCUGGGUAUCCCGAGUAAUGUGAAGAUGGAAUCAAAAGGAGAAAGCCAGUCCAUGCGUAUUGAGCUGAAGAAACCAUCUAUCAGCAGCGCAACCCUUCAGAAUAGUGGAAAAAGCUAAAUAAGCCCAUAAGGAUAUAGGCCAAAAAAAGACCCAUUAGGCUGAUUGGACUGUGUAUGAACAAUUCGAUAUACAGAUUAGUUACAUACUUGUUUCACUUUUUGGAAAACCAAAGGAAUUAUCUUCUAUAUAAGAUACAUUUUGCUCCAAAAAUUUAAAUGUAUGUUACCUUUACUUGUAAUAAUAUAAAGGCAAACUACUGUUAUUAGGGUCAGCUUUAAAUCUCUAGUACUUAUCAGAGUGUUGCUUGCAGUGCCAUUACUAUGAAGGUAGUUAAAAAUAAGCCCACAUAGUGGGUUUAAUACAUUAUAUGUUUUGCAUAUAUUUUGGUUAAUAUUAC